GUCAAAUAACGCAAUCAUCGGAUACAAAAACCAUUCCUUUCAGACAUGCUGCUUCACGUUAACUAAACCAAUCUUCUUUGACUUCUAAACACAAAGAGUGGAGCUCAAAACAAAUUGUUCUUGUUUCGAAUCCAAACAUGGUGCUUCCGAUGCGUGGCCAUAGGUUUUUCAAAUUCAGAAUCGUCUAAAGUGCUCUCUCUCUCUCUCGAAAUUCCCCACUCUCUUCUCUUCCCUCUUUUCGCUGUAUUUUUUUCAAAUAACUUCCCCAAAGAAAAAAAAAAUAAUCACGAAUUUUCUUCCGUGACACCAACAACUUUUUCCGCCCCCCACUUUAAUCGGCUGCAGCCACAUAUUCUCUAAUAACUUCUCCCACCAAACUUCUCUUUUUUUUCUUUACUGUAGUUGAAUGAAGGUGGUCGUCCGUAAGGGAAGAAGAAGACACAUGAUUGCAAAAGAGCACGAAUGCAAUAUACAACACCUAGGACGAGGAGGUGUGGAUAUGGUGGCAUCGGUCUUACUGUGCGUUGAUUAUUCAAGACUCUUUUGGUUGCUCUUCGGCGUCUUCUCCUACGAGAAUCACGAAGGAAAACCUCGGAUCCUUUUCUAGCCCCCUCCCAAAUCUCUCUCUCUCUCUCUCUCUCCCUUGCUUGUCCUUUUUCUCUUUCUGCAUCGCGAUCUUUUUUUUUCGUUUUUCCCCCAAUUUCAAUUUUUUUUUCUUUAGUUUAAAAAUUUCCCCCAAAUUUGAGAUUCUGAUAGAUCCGCCUACUUAGUCAUGUACACGACGGAGACUGAUGAUUACGUUGAGACUGAUCCUUCCGGUCGCUAUGGUCGUUUCAGGGAAGUACUCGGCAAAGGAGCAAUGAAGACGGUUUACAAAGCCUUCGACCAAGUCCUAGGAAUGGAAGUGGCGUGGAACCAAGUCAAGCUCAACGACAUCUUCCGAUCGCACGAGGCCUUACAACGCCUCUACUCCGAGGUCCACCUCCUCAAGAACCUCAACCACGACUCCAUCAUCCGCUACUGCACUUCCUGGAUCGACGUCACCCGCAGAACGUUCAACUUCAUCACCGAGCUCUUCACCUCAGGCACGCUCAGAGAGUAUCGAAGGAAGUAUCAGAAGGUCGAUAUCCGCGCCGUCAAGAGCUGGUCGCGCCAGAUUUUGAACGGUCUUGCUUACAUGCACGGGCAUGAUCCUCCUGUUAUUCACAGAGACCUUAAAUGUGAUAAUAUCUUUGUUAAUGGUCAUCUUGGGCAAGUCAAGAUUGGUGAUUUGGGUUUAGCUGCUGUUCUCCGAGAGUCACAGCAAGCUCACAGCGUCAUAGGAACGCCUGAGUUCAUGGCGCCAGAGUUAUAUGAUGAAGAAUACAACCAGCUUGUUGACAUUUAUUCGUUUGGUAUGUGCGUCUUGGAGAUGCUUACCGGUGAGUACCCUUACGUUGAAUGCGACAACCCUGCGCAGAUAUACAAGAAAGUUACAUCGGGGACGUUGCCUCGAUCUUUCCGUCUCAUUCAAAACACGGAGGCUCAGCGUUUUGUUGGUAAGUGCUUGGAAACUGUUUCAAAGAGAUUGUCUGCAACGGAGCUCCUGGAGGACCCGUUCCUCGCCAUGACUGAUGAGAUAGAUUUAGCGCCUCUUUCUAGAUUGCCCUCACAGCUAGCUAUUCAGAACUUGGCUGCUAAUGGAACCGUGGUGGAGCCUCUGCUGCCUUCAGUGACUGAUCCAACUAGGACGACGGAUAUGUCGAUAACAGGAAGGAUGAACUCAGAAGACCACACCAUCUUUCUUCAAGUGCAGAUUUCAGAUGGCAAUGGUUACAUGAGGAACAUUCACUUCCCUUUCAGCAUUGUAAGCGACACACCGCUUGAAGUAGCUUUGGAGAUGGUGAAAGAGCUUGAGAUCACUGAUUGGGAUCCUUUGGUGAUCGCUGCAAUGAUAGAAAAUGAGAUAUCUUUGCUUGUACCAAACUGGAGUGCACAUGGGGACCCUUCUCUCCUGCACCACAGCUUUGGUCAUGAAGAUGAUGAUGACGACAAUGGCGAGGGAGGUGGUGGACGAAGAACAACACGCCCUUUCUACUCUGCUGCUUGCUCUCUUGUAGCAGUUAACACUGCCCAUGAGGAGGACCCUUCUCUCCCGCACGACACCUUUGGUCAUGAAGUUGAUGACGACAAUGGUGAGGGAAGAGGACGAACGACACCAACUUUCUACUCUGCUUAUUGCUCCCCCGAUCCUACUGUGGCAGUUGAGGACGACGACAAGGCCCAUGAGGACCCUUCUCUCCAGCACCAAAGCUUUGGUCAUGAAGAUGAUGAUGACGACAAUGUCCAGGGAGGAGUACAGAGAACACUCCCUUUCUCCUCUGCUUCUGCUUCUUCCUCUUACAACUCUCCUGUAGCAGUUACAGAUAACGACAACACCCAUGAGGAGGACCCUUCUCUCCCGCACAACAGCUUUGGUCUUGAAGAUGAUGACGACAAUGGCGGAAGAGUAGGAGAAAGAACACACCCUUACUCAACUACUUCCUCCUCUCAUGGCUCUCUUGUAGCAGUUAAAGACAACAACAACAACAACAACGAUGGUUCAAGUAACGAUGGUGCUGGCAGUGGCAGAGGCUCUAACACUUUGUUGAGUACUUCGACAUACCAACACUCUCCUCCCGUUGAUGAUGAUGAUCAAAGUCCGCAUCAACGGAGGAGAAGGUUAAGGUUACAUAAGAUGAGAUCGCUUGUGGAUACGAGAACGCAGGUGCUGCACCGAUCGCUCAUGGAGUUGAUCAACAGGCACACCAGGCGCGGGCGUGGCUCUAAUACGAACUUGAAUGAGUUACAACAUAAAUCGGUUGCUGACUUGUUGAGACGAUCUUGAGAAAUGGGUGUGAGCCUUUGUGGCUUUUUGAUUUAUAAAAGAAUAGAUACUCAAUAUUGGUACAUUAGUAUUUUACUUUGAUUGAUGGUAUUAUAUUAAAUAAAAAAUUUAGUGCCCU